CCAAUUUUUUAUGCGAUGGUGUUACUAAUUCAAAACUUCCUUCCUCCUCAUGCGCUUCCUUUGGUCUACUCCACCCGGCCCCCAACAACAGCACUUGUUGCCCUUGCCUUUUCGGGGUCAGUGGGCAUGACCCUAUUGGUGCUGGGAUGUGCCCUGCCACAGCCCAGCAAUUGGUACCCCUUCUUCGUGGUGCUGUUCUACGUGCUAUCGCCGCUGCCCACGUUGAUAGCACGCCGCUACAAGGAAGACGUGGCCAGCUCGAGCGCGGCCCAGGAGCUGGCCUAUUUCAUCACCACCGGCAUCGUCAUCUCGGCCUUCGGCCUGCCCCUGGUGUUGGCACGGUCACCUGCAGCACCCCACGCAGUGAUACAGUGGAGUGCCUGCGGCCUGGUGCUCGCGGGCAACGUCGUCGUGUUCAUCACCAUUUUGGGUUUCUUCCUGGCCUUCGACAACGAUGAGGUCGACUACAACAUGUGGUGAAGACGGACGACGUACCUGUGGCGCUGCCGCGUGUGUGUGCUGGUGUGAACUCAUGGUGCACACUGUACAUAGUGUGUAAUAAAAUUGCCCUACCGCCAUCCUGCCCCGCCAGCUUUCUGCUGCUGGGGCAGGCGAACAUUGCAUAGAAUAUGUAACUACUGCUUUAUGCAUAGCAUAGCCAGAAAUUGUGCUUUUAGCAGCUAAAAGACAGUAGAUUCGCGAUACACUUGCUGUGUUAUGCUAUUAUAUUGAGCGUGGGAUAUCUGUUCCUUUGUACAGCGUGACAAAGUCGCAUGCAGAGUCAAGAUGCAUCAUAGGAAUGUUUGUACGAGACCCUGGCUGGCUUGAGAUCUGUACUGCGUGUUGCGAUUAGUUGUACUUAUGACGCCCACUCGAUAGCAGGGAAACUGUGAGCAGUUGUGCAGCCUGUCCCCCUCACAUCGUUAUAUGUAACCUUCAUGCAAGCCGAAUGUACAUGUCACAAAGCGAACUGCAUUUGAGAACUUGCUGCAAUUACAGUAUGAGCACACGUGCUGUGCCAGUUUUAACUGCAGCUAGUUAAACGCUACCAAGUAGCUGUGUUGUUGUGAACUCUACAGAUUUGAAGUUGCUCAUUCGCUUGAUAAUUUAAUACGACUUUUUUUCACAAUGGUGCCUCCGUUGUUAGCAAAGUAUUUCUGAUGUAGGUGUUUAGUUAUUUAAUGAGCAUGCAUUUCUCUCCCUCCCUCUCCAUUGUGCUUGUGCUAAUGAACUGUAAAUAAGGAGUGGACUCAUUGUGUAAUUGAUGGGUUUAAUAAAAUGCUUAUGACACCAGA